CCUGGCCUGCCUCCUCCAAGCCUGCCAGAGCUCAGAAUAACCCUGAGAACCAGGCAGCAGGAUGGCCGGGCCUCUGCUUGGGGUCCUGCUCCUCUUGGGGCUCCUCGGCAGGGGCGUGGGGAAGAACGAGGAGCUUCGUCUUUAUCACCAUCUCUUUGACAACUAUGACCCAGGAAGCCGGCCGGCGCGGGGGCCUGAGGAUACUGUCACCAUCAGCCUCAAGGUCACCCUGACGAAUCUCAUCUCACUGAAUGAAAAAGAGGAGACUCUCACCACCAGCGUCUGGAUUGGAAUCGAUUGGCAGGAUUACCGACUCAACUACAGCAAGGAUGACUUUGGGGGCAUAGGAACCCUGAGAGUCCCUUCAGAACUCGUAUGGCUGCCAGAGAUUGUGCUGGAGAACAAUAUUGACGGUCAGUUCGGCGUGGCCUACGACGCCAACGUGUUGAUCUACGAGGGCGGCUCCGUGACGUGGUUGCCUCCGGCCAUCUACCGCAGCGUCUGUGCCGUGGAGGUCACCUACUUCCCCUUCGACUGGCAGAACUGCUCGCUCAUUUUCCGCUCCCAGACGUACAAUGCCAAAGAGGUGGAGUUAACCUUUGCCGUAGACGACGAUGGUGAGACCAUCAACAAGAUCGACAUCGACACUGAGGCCUAUACUGAGAACGGUGAGUGGGCCAUCGACUUCUGCCCGGGGAUGAUCCGCCGUCAUGACGUUGGCGCCACCGAUGGCUCAGGGGAGACUGACGUCAUCUACUCGCUUAUCAUCCGACGGAAGCCGCUCUUCUACGUCAUUAACAUUAUCGUGCCCUGCGUGCUCAUCUCGGGCCUGGUGCUGCUCGCCUACUUCCUGCCUGCGCAGGCCGGUGGCCAGAAAUGCACAGUUUCCAUCAACGUCCUGCUCGCCCAGACCGUCUUCUUGUUCCUCAUUGCCCAGAAAAUCCCAGAGACUUCUCUGAGCGUGCCGCUGCUAGGCAGGUUCCUUAUUUUCGUCAUGGUUGUCGCCACACUCAUUGUCAUGAAUUGCGUCAUUGUGCUCAACGUGUCCCUGCGGACGCCCACCACCCACGCCAUGUCCAGGCGUCUGCGCCAUGUUCUACUGGAGCUGCUGCCGCACCUGCUGGGGUCCCCACCGCCGCCGCCCUCCGAGGCCCCUCUGGCCACCUCGCCCCCAAGGCGGGCAUCGUCGGUUGGCUUAUUGCUCCGUGCGGAGGAGCUCAUACUGAAAAAGCCGCGGAGCGAGCUUGUGUUUGAGGGACAGAGGCACCGGCACGGGACCUGGACAGCUGCCUUCUGCCAGAGCCUGGGCGCUGCUGCCCCUGAGGUCCGCUGCUGUGUGGAUGCCGUGAACUUCGUGGCUGAGAGCACGAGAGACCAAGAGGCCACCAGUGAGGAAGUGUCCGACUGGGUGCGCAUGGGGAAUGCCCUUGACAACAUCUGCUUCUGGGCUGCUCUGGUGCUCUUCAGCGUGGGCUCCAGCCUCAUCUUCCUCGGAGCCUACUUCAACCAAGUGCCUGAUCUCCCCUUCCCGCCGUGUAUCCAGCCUUAGUGCACACUGACUUCAACUUCCCACCCAACUCUAGUAGGAAAUGGAUUUUGAAAAAAUCAAUUUCAGAAUCACCACAGCAUUAUGAUCCCUUCCCACUGCUGCCGUGUGCCCAUUCCUUGGCUUGUGUAGAUCUGGCCCCAGUCCAGGGGUCGGCAGGAGAGAAUAACGGUUCAUGAAGGCUCUCGGGUUCCAGUCUUCCAGAAAGCAAGGACUGCCCUUCAUUCAGCCGUGCUGACCUCCCAGCCUUUCUCAGGGGCAGCCCCACGGACGCUGGAGGCUGCCAGCUUUUGAGCUAUCUUUGUUCAGCUCAGCCAAACAGGAGACCCCUUUGCAGGACUUGCACACAGGGAGGCUGGAGCCGGGCAACCCUCUGGAGUGCGUGGAAACCAAACACCCUCAGUGCUGGUGGCCCUCAGGCUCACAGGUUUAGGGCUGAGGCUGCCCUGGCCCUCCUGCAGUCAGUCAUUUUUUCUAGGUUUUCUUGGCCCAGCACUGCUCAUGCUACCCCCUUG